AGCCCCCAGGCCCCAACCCCGAGGCUAUAAGCUGCAAGUACGUGCAGUUGCCGCCUCUAGCCACACCCUCUUGCAGCCUCCACAGAAAGCCAUAGUAGCAUCACAACUUCACAAGGUAGAAGAAGAGGAGAAGGGAGAUCGGCAAAUAUGGCUAAGGGUCACGUCCUCGUGCUGCCGAUGCCAUGCCAGGGCCACGUCAUCCCGUUCAUGGAGCUCUCCCACCGCCUCGCCGACGAGGGCUUCGAGGUCACCUUCGUCAACACGGAGGUGGACCACGCGCUGGUGGUGGCCGCGCUGCCGCCGGGCGGCGCCGCGGAGCUCCGGCAGCGGCGGAUCCACCUCGCCGCCAUCCCCGACGGCCUCGCCGGCGACGAGGACCGCAAGGACCUCAACAAGCUCAUCGACGCCUACUCGCGCCACAUGCCGGGACACCUGGAGCGGCUCAUCGGGGAGAUCGAGGCCGGCGCCGGCGGCGGGAGGCCCAAGGUGCGGUGGCUCGUCGGCGACGUGAACAUGGGGUGGUCGUUCGCCGUCGCCAGGAGGCUCGGCAUCCGCGUCGUCUCCUUCUGGGCGGCGUCCACGGCGUGCCUCGCCAUCAUGCUCAAGAUCCCCAAGCUAAUCGAGGAUGGCGUCCUCAACGAGAAGGGGUGGCCGGAGCGGCAGGAGACGCUGCAGCUGGCGCCGGGGAUGCCGCCGCUGCACACGUCGCUGCUGUCGUGGAACAACUCCGGCGCGGCGGAAGGGCAGCACAUCAUCUUCGACCUCGUCUGCCGGAACAACAAGUUCAACGACGACCUCGCCGAGAUGACCGUCUGCAACUCCUUCCACGAGGCCGAGCCCGCCGUCUUCAAGCUCUUCCCGGACCUCCUCCCCAUCGGCCCGCUCGUCGCCGACCGCGAGCUCCGCCGUCCCGUCGGCCACUUCUUGCCGGAGGACGCCGGCUGCCUGGACUGGCUCGACGCGCAGCCCGACGGCUCCGUCGUGUACGUGGCCUUCGGCAGCCUGGCCAUCUUCGACGCGAGGCAGUUCCAGGAGCUCGCCGUGGGGCUGGAGCUCACCGGCCGGCCGUUCCUCUGGGUUGUCCGGCCGGACUUCACCCCUGGCCUGAGCACGGCGUGGCUGGACGCCUUCCGGCGCCGCGUCGCCGGCAGGGGCGUGAUCGUCGAGUGGUGCUCGCAGCAGCGCGUGCUGGCGCACGCCGCCGUGGCGUGCUUCGUGUCGCACUGUGGGUGGAACUCGACGCUGGAAGGGGUGCGCAACGGCGUGCCGUUCCUGUGCUGGCCGUACUUCUGCGACCAGUUCCUCGACCGGAGCUACAUCACCGCCGUGUGGCGCACCGGGCUCGCCGUGGCGGCCGGCGAGGAGGACGGCGUCGUGACGAGGGACGAGGUGAGGAGCAAGGUGGAGCAGGUCGUCGGCGACGGCGAGAUCAGGGAGAGGGCGCGGCUGCUCAGGGACACGGCGCGCGCCUGCGUCAGUGAGGGUGGCUCGUCGCACAAGAAUUUCAGGAAAUUUAUUGACCUCCUAAGUGAGUGACACUGCAACCGAUCGACUGAAAUAUACCUAAAUUAAUGUAUGUACAAGCUGAAACUGAAUGGGAUCGACUCCAAACUUACCUGCAUCGUUGAAUCCGCUUUGAUGCAAACUUAGAUACUACAUAUUAAUUUCCACAACAACUUGUGGUGCUCAAAGCCAUCCUUGAUUC